UCCACCACUGCUUUCUAGUCCCUUAAAACCCACAGGCAAAAUUUUGGAGGCCCGGGAGGGGCCUGUGCCUCAGCCCUGUCUGCUUGGGGACGACGAACCGAGCUGGACUGAGCGGUGACUCCGCGUCUGCUUGGGCUCCUACCAUGGCCCCCGAGAGGGGCUGACACUUCAGUUGGGUGCAGGUGAGAUCCCGCCCGGAGGAAGAAGGAAGAAGGCGCGGGCAGGGCACUAGGAGGCGGAGGCGGAGUCUGAGCCGGGGACAGAGGGUCCCAGUUGGAGCCCGAGUCGAGGGAGUGCGCGGGGCCGGCUCGGGGAGGACCACGAGAUGCCAGUGCUGAAGCAGCUGGGCCCCACGCAGCCCAAGAAGCGGACCGAUCGAGGCGCCCUGUCCAUCUCGGCGCCACUGGGCGACUUUCGGCACACGUUGCACGUGGGGCGCGGUGGCGACGCCUUCGGGGAUACCUCGUUCCUGAGCCGCCACGGCGGCGGGCCGCCCCCAGAGCCCCGGGCGCCACCCGCGGGGGCCCCGCGCACAGCACCGCCGCCCGCUGUCCCGCAGCCCCCGGCACCGGCUCUCCGCGCGCCCGCGCCCGCGGACCCACUGCUGUCCUUCCACCUGGAUUUGGGCCCCUCCAUGCUGGAUGCGGUACUGGGCGUCAUGGACGCAGCGGGUCCAGCGGCUGCAGCCGCCAAGCCUGACGCGGACCCCCGCCCCGGGACGCAGCACCCCAGGGCCCGCUACUGCCCCAACGCGGACCUCGAGCUGGACGACAUCAUCGGCCUUUAGGCGCCCCCGGUCCUUGCACCCUUCCCGCCUGGCACCCCAGCGCUGUAUACAUAAACGGCCAAGGCUUGUACCCUGG